AUGGAAUCGGUUAACACAGCUGAAGUGAUGCUGAGAGGAAACGCACAAGGAAAUUACAUCGCGAUGAACACUAAGGGAGAGUUGUACAGUACAGUAAGUCAGACGGGUGAUUGUUUAAAAUUUUAUGUUCUACAAUAUUCAAUUUCUUACACUAAGCGGACACCUAACCAAAGGCACGUCUCCUUCUUCCAGACAAUCAAGCCCCAGCCAUUGUGAGGAACAGUUACGAUUUGGUCAGUUUGUACUUUCACAUCUCAAGAGUAUGCACGUUUUCUUGUAAAAGUGGCAACAGAGCCUUUGAUCCUAAUAAAGGGAGAAACCAUGGGUCAUAGGUGAGACCCCUUGAAUCCAGCCAAAAAAUAUAGUCAAAAAUUCGUGAUCUUUCACCAUUCAAAGGGAGUACGUCCUAGACAGACGACAAAUAGAUAGGAGACUGUAAAUCUUACCCAACUAUAAAUUAACAACAAGUCUUCAUCGCUCGGUAUUUUCUCCUAUUUGUAUUCGAUCUUGUCUCAUUGUCACUAACUUCAUCUUUAUUUUCAACAGAAUAGUCCAACUCACCCGGAGUGCGUCUUCAAAGAGAUUUUUGGAACGAAGUACAAUUCUUACCAAUCCACAUUAAAUCCUGCCUGGUACCUAGCUCUGACAAAACAAGGCGAGGCGAAGUCUGGGCCCAAAACUAAACCCGGACAGAGGGCUGUUAGCUUUCUAACUGAAUGA